GCUGCUGCGCCCGCCUCGAAGUUUGGCCGGCAGCUGCGGCUCCUCAGGCAGCCGCCGCCGGCAGCGCCAGCAAGCAGCGCCGCUCUCUCGGAGCCGCCGCCGCCGCCGCCGAGCCCGCCUCUCUCGCUUAGCCUCCGCUUUGUUCCUCUCGCUCCCCCUCAGCCCCUGAAGAGCCGGACGCCCGCGCCGUUGCCGCGCGCCGCAGCAUGCUGAAAGUCACCAUGCCCUCGUCGUCGUCGUCUUCGUCGUCGCCCUCCUCCGCCCCCACCUCGUCCACCGCCGCCCCCGCCGCCUCUGCCCCGACCUCGGGCCGGGCCGGGGGCGCCCCUGCCGCCGCCGGCCCCACCGUCGUCCCGGACUACUGGAUCGACGGCUCCAACAGAGACACCUUGGCCGACUAUUACGACCUGGAGUCGGAGCUGGGACGGGGUGCAACAUCUAUUGUCUACAGAUGCAGGCAGAAAGGAACACAAAAGCCAUUUGCUGUCAAAAUCUUGAAGAAAACUGUAGACAAGAAGAUUGUCCGAACCGAAAUAGGCGUUCUACUUCGACUUUCACAUCCAAAUAUUAUAAGACUGAAGGAGAUAUUUGAAACCCCCACAGAAAUCAGCCUUGUCUUGGAGCUGGUCACGGGAGGAGAACUGUUUGACAGGAUUGUGGAAAAAGGAUAUUACAGUGAACGAGAUGCUGCUGAUGCUGUCAAACAAAUCCUGGAGGCAGUUGCUUAUCUACAUGCCAAUGGAAUUGUUCACCGUGAUUUGAAACCAGAAAAUCUACUGUAUGCAACGCCAGCUCCAGAUGCAUCUUUAAAAAUAGCUGAUUUUGGACUUUCCAAGAUUGUUGCAGAUCAAGUGACCAUGAAAACAGUCUGUGGGACUCCAGGGUACUGUGCACCGGAAAUACUGCGAGGCUGUGCCUACGGCCCAGAAGUGGACAUGUGGUCCUUGGGAAUAAUCACUUACAUCCUACUCUGUGGUUUUGAGCCGUUCUACGAUGAAAGAGGAGACCAGUACAUGUUCAAAAGGAUCCUGAACUGUGAAUAUGAUUUCGUUUCCCCCUGGUGGGAUGAUGUGUCUCUAAAUGCCAAGGAUUUGGUUAAGAAGUUAAUUGUGCUUGACCCCAAGAAACGUCUCACCACAUUUCAAGCCUUACAACACCCUUGGGUCACAGGCAAGGCAGCCAAUUUCGCUCAUAUGGAUACAGCCCAGAAGAAACUCCAAGAAUUCAAUGCUCGACGUAAACUUAAGGCUGCAGUGAAAGCUGUUGUUGCAUCAACUCGUCUUGGAAGUGCAAGCUGCCACAGCACCCACGACAGCAAUAAGCCCAGCCAAAGGCAGUCUCUGCGCCCAGAAAGAGAGGACAGCGUGGAGGGAAAAGAAGAAGUAGUAGUAGCAGAAGAAGAAGAAGCAAACUUCACUGAAUCUCAUGAAGAGGACGCUCACGAAGAAGCAACUGAAGGAGAGUCUUAAAUCUUGGGGUAUCUUAUUCCAGCCAAGUUCUGUCAUUCUGUGCACCAGCCAAGAUACCAUUCAGAAACAAAUUACAAGCAUGGCUACUCUGAGUGGCUUUGCCUUGGGAUGGAAAAUGCUCUAGCUGGUGACCUGAACUUCAAAAUGCAUGUGACUGCUUCUGAAAAAAAUAAAUAGUUCACAGUCUUUUAAUGGCA